AUGGCCUCGCCAUUUAUCUGGGGGCUUCUUAUUAUUUUCUUGUUCUCAGAUCAUGUGGUACAAGCUGAAGAUGUGAGGGGCACUUCUGGCCAAACUAUGACCUUACCCUGCACAUACUCUGUUAGUGGAGAAGCGUCACCCAUGUGCUGGGGCAGGGGUAGCUGCUCAGUGUUCAGCUGUGACGAUGUGAUCAUCUGGACUGAUAGCAAGAAGGUGACCCAAAGGCAAUCCGAGAGAUACCGGUUACUGGGGGACAUGGCAAAGGGGAACGUGUCCCUGACCAUCCGCGGGGUGACCACCAGUGACACAGGAACCUACUGCUGCCGUGUGCAGAUAAAGGGAAUAUUCAACGAUAUCAAGAAGGACAUAACGGUGAAGAUCCAGGAAGACAGCUCACAUGCCACCACCACUAGUACCACUACCACCACCACCUUCACUACCACCUACAAGCCUUCUUUGCAGCCGUCAGGAUCAACAACCCCAUCUCAAAAUAAUGUCUAG